GCCUAUAAAUGUUGCAAAGUGUAUGCCAGACGGGUGUUGAACCAACCCUGCUGCAGAGGGCAUAGAAAGAUUCAGCUUUAUCAGUGUUUCAGUAGUUCAAUAUGGGGAUUAGGAACAUCUUUGGUGCCAGAGAAAUUUCAGUAGUUCAGUGGCUUGGUUUUCUAGUACUGACAGGUUAUACACGUAGAAUUAUGUGUACAAAUAUCGUUAGUUAUAAAACAGACAUGUACAAAUACUGCUAAUUGAAGGCACAUGUAUCUUCUAUGGUUCAAUCCUGAUAUCAUCGGUUCUUAUGAGGGGAAAUCAGAUUUCACUUCGGGAAAGUGGGCAUUUUUAAAGGGAUGUGUACUUAGGAUACCAUCCCUGUAACUGUACUUCAUCGAGACUCACUGUUCUUCACCAAUCCUUGACUUUUGUACUAUAUUAAUUUGAGCUUGGCAUUGUUUCUUUUCAGGUUGGUUCAAUUGAGGGCAGGGUUGGUGUACAUCAUCUUGAUGAAUCGCAGCAAGCUAAAAAUUUUACUUUCAAAUGUCAUAGAGAGGGCAAUGAGAUAUACUCAGUCAAUUAACUGGACUUCCAUCCUGUCCAUCACGCGUUCGCAACUGCAGGAUCUGAUGGUGCUUUUAACUUUUGAGAUAAGGAUAGCAAACAGAGGCUUAAGGCAAUGUCAAGAUGCAGUCAACCUAUACCUUGCAGUGCUUUCAAUAGUGAUGGCUCGAUCUAUGCCUACGCGGUGUGUUACGAUUGGAGUAAGGGUGCAGAAAACCAUAACCCAGCCACCGCAAAGACCGACAUUUUCCCGCACUUGCUAGAUUUAUAGACAUCAUCAUGCAUUAUUCUCAAAU